AUGUUUCCUGCACAGUGGACUGUGAGACUGUGGCUUUGGCUUACGCUCCUAUCAAUAACGUGUGGAGAGAAGUUACCAGAUAUAGGUUCAUGCCAGCCUCGUCCCUCCUGCCACGAAUGUAUUCAGUCUCAUCCCAGCUGUGCCUGGUGCAAGCAACUGAAUUUCGUGCAACCAGGUGAGUCAGACUUAGGGCGCUGUGCCCCUUGGCUGGAGUUGGAGCAUCGUGGCUGCCUCCCCAGUGAGAUCAUGGACCCCCAUGGCCAGCAGCAUAUACUGGAGGACAGGCCCCUGAGCAACAGCACCCAGCACCAGACCUUCACUCAGCUGUCACCUCAAAGGAUUUCUCUUCAGCUCCAGCCAGGAGAGGAGCAGAAUUUCACAGUACGCUUCAGACGGGCUGAAGGCUAUCCUGUGGACCUGUACUAUCUCAUGGACCUCUCCUACUCCAUGAAGGAUGACCUGGAGAACAUCAAGCGACUGGGAAGUGACCUGCUGGCUGCCCUCCGUGACGUGACCACCUCGGUGAAGAUUGGAUUUGGCUCCUUCGUUGACAAGACUGUGCUGCCCUAUGUGAGCACGGCGCCAUCGAAGUGGAAGAAGCCUUGCCCAAGUUCAGGCAACACCUGUCAGUCACCGUUCAGUUAUCGGCACGUGCUGCCGCUCACCGGCAACGCCAGUGAGUUUGAGGGCAGAGUUAGCCAGCAACACAUUUCGGGUAACAUGGAUGAUGCCGAGGGAGGCUUUGAUGCUAUCAUGCAGGCAGCUGUUUGCAAGGAACAGAUUGGCUGGCGUAAUGUGACGAAGUUAUUGGUCUUCACGUCAGAUGGCGCUUUCCACACAGCAGGGGAUGGGAAACUGGGUGGAGUCUAUAUGCCCAAUGAUGGCCGAUGCCACCUGGAUGCUAACGGCCUCUACACAAAGAGCCACCUAUAUGACUACCCCUCAGUGGCACACUUGGCCGAGGUGCUGUCGGAAUCCAACAUCCAGCCCAUCUUCGCGGUGACUGGCUCCAGGCUUCUUAUGUAUGAAGAGCUGAGCAGACACAUUCCCAAGUCGGUGGUUGGCGAGCUAAAGGAAGAUUCCAGCAAUGUAGUGCAGCUCAUCGCGGAGGCCUACAGUAGCCUCUCAUCCUCUGUGAAUUUGGAGCACUCCGCAGACCUCCCUCCCGGUAUCUCCAUUGCUUACGACUCACAUUGUGGUGGCUCAGAAACAUAUGGACGUGUGCAGGGUGGAGAAUGCCUUGGUGUACGCGUCAACGAACUGGUGCAAUUCACAGUGAGGAUCAAGGCUACCACCUGCCUAACUGGGCCUCAGAAACUGGUGCUACGAGUGCUUGGAGUGGGCGAAGAACUGCAAGUAGAGCUAACGACGGCAUGCGAAUGCCAGUGUGGAGACAUCCAACCCUACGCUGAACACUGUUCUGGUGGCCACGGCAAUCUCACCUGUGGCAUCUGCAGCUGUCAGGAGGGCUACAUUGGACGGCUGUGUGAGUGCAAGCAAGAGGAGGUGCUCGACCCGGAGGCCAGGUGCCGAGAUGUGAACGACACAGGCCCGGUCUGCAGCGGCAAGGGCCAUUGUGUGUGUGGGAAAUGCCAGUGCAACGGCCAGGCAAGUGGGCCCCUUUGCAGCUGUGACAACACGAUCUGCGACCGGUACAACGGGCAGCUCUGCGCAGGCAAUGGGCAAUGCAGGUGUGGCCAGUGCGAGUGCUAUUUGAACUACACGGGCAGUGCCUGUGAGUGCAGCCCAGAUACCAGUGGGUGCAGACAGGAGGGCACCCCAUGCAGUGGGCAUGGACACUGCGUCUGCAACAGAUGCCGCUGUGAUGCUGGUUGGUUUGGCAGCCACUGCAGCCACUGUUCUGACUGCCAGACACCCUGUGAAGAGCACAGGGACUGUGCGGAGUGCAAGGUCUUUGGGAGUGGGAAUUGCAGCAGCUUGUGCAACCAGACGGUGAAGGUAGUGCCAGCAGCCACCACGAAUGAGGGCUGGUGCCAGACGAAGGCAAAAGAUGGCAGCCUCCUCAUCUACAUCAUCGAGAAGGACGAGACGGGCACUGUCACCCUGAUUGUGAGCAGCAAAGAGGAUGCUACUACACACACAGUCAAGCAAGUGGUCUUCUGGGUGCUGGGCUUCCUGGCAGUGGGGAUAGCAUUCAUUCUGGUGUACCACUAUGUCAUGGAGUACCUUGACCGGAGAGAGUUCAGACGCUUUGAAAAGGAGCGCGAAAAUGCUAAGUGGAAUGAGGAGGACAACCCAUUGUUCCAAGGAGCCACCACCACGUUCAUCAACCCCAAAUUCAACGACGAAUGCAAUGGAAACAGACUCUAAGUGUGCUGGUUGCUAGAUAUUAUGCUGAUCUUGGACCAGAGAGUUGUGUUUGAACACUUAUUCAGCAUUAUGGUGACUCAGGAGCCAGUGUGGUGUAGUGGCUAAAGUGUUGGACUGGGAGUCAGGAGAUCCGGGUUCUAGUCCCCACUCUGCCAUGGAAGCUCACUGGGGCAGGAUCUACACUACUGCUUUAAAGCGCUUUAUAACAGUUUUGAUAACUGUUGAGGCCCAGGACACACUGCAUAUACAGUUUUCAAAACGUUUUCAAAGUGCUUUAAAAGCAGUAGUGUAGAUCCCCUUCUAGUGACUUUGAGUUGGUCACAAACACUCAGCCCAACCUACCUCACAGGGUUAUUGUUGUGAGGAUAACAUGGAGAGGAGGAGGAUUAUGUACACCACUUUGGGUUCCUUGGAGGAAAAAAGCCAGGAUCUAAAGGUAAUAAAUAAAUAAAUUAUAGCUGAGUGCAGCCUUGGGCACACAGGCAUCUCUCAGUUUGACCUACCUCACAGGACAAAGACAAAUGUGAUAACCUCCAAAUGUGCUUAAUAAGAAUUUGAACCAGAUGCAAAUCACACUUCAAGACCUUUCUCAAAAUGAAAGCUUUUUGGCAUUGUGCUUCAUUCAGAUUCUCAAGGAAUCCCCCUCCCUUCAAAUCAUUGAUAUAAGAGUAAGGCUGAUCCACUUUCAUUCAGGAGGAAACCACCCCUUGUGUUUCUUUUGUUUGAGUCAUUAUUCUGGGUGCUCCUCCUCUGAGACAGGUAUUCGAUGUAAAUAUCCACUGCCACUUGAUGAAGUAGAAAUGUCACCACUGCGAACUCCAAGCAGAGGUUGACUGGAAGAAGAGUAGAGCAGUAAAUCAUUCAGAAAAGCAGCAACUAAGCUCCCCUGUAGGUAGGUAGAUUGCAUUCUCGUGGCCCACUAGUAGGUGCCAGGCCACAGACUGGGAAUUACUGGAGCAAACAAUUGCCUUAGUACAGCCUUCCCACCUUGGUACCCUCCAGCAGUUGUAGUCCUACACACCUAGGUGGUGCCAGGUUGGGGAAGCCUGCUUUAAUAGAUCAGAUCCAGGUCAAUUUAGUUCAGUUUUCUGUUUUCAGCGGUGACACCCCUUUGGGUUUUCACAAGCAAGGGAUGGCCAGCUCUCAGCGCACUCCCAGUCAAACAUUUGAGUGUCUCUCAUGUCUAGCAGCUGCAUGCACACCAUAAAAUUAAACUUGUAAUCGUAACUGGUUCUUCUCCCCUGGAAUUCUGCAUAUGUACCACCCACACAGCUGCCCGUCACUCUCUCUGCCUGAGCUGGUCUCAUGUUUGGUCUUGAAGACCCCAGAAUGGUGGCUCUCAGGGACCUCAUCAUAUAUGCUGGGGCCAUUGGGAUUCCAAGCAGCUCUGGAAUUCAUGGUCAUCAUGGCAACCGUAGGGCUGUCUCAAAAUGUCAUCACUCCAACACAUGUGGCAGAACCCACUCUGGAUAUAGUCUUCUCAAUCAGGUUGGAGGAUUAUGGGCAGAUCAUUACUUUCAGCAUCUUUCCCCCUCUGCAAGGUUUGGGGAACCUAUGAAAAUUAUGCCAGUAGUUUGCCAUCUGCACUGGCUGCCAGCCCAUUUCAAAGCGCUGGCUUUAACCUAUAGUCCCAAAUGGCUUGGGGUGAGGUUACUUGAAGGGGCAUUUCCUCCCAAAUCUACCUAACUGAACCAUAAGUCACCAUCCAAGGUCCUUCUUCAGUUCCCCCCACAAAAUAAGGCAUGGCAGGUGGCUAUAACAGAGGCCUUUUCAGUGACUGUGUAACUCCUUUCUUAAGAGAGGCUCACCUAAUUACAUUAUAGUCUUUCCAACACCAGGUGAAGACCUUAUUUUCCCAGGGAUUUUAAGAAAUGUUUUUAGUGCAUUUUCAUCUUAACACUUUUAUUCCACUGAUGUUUUUUUUUUUUACUUUGGUUUUUAUGCUGCACUGGUUUUAUCUUUUGCUGUUGAUUUUAUUAUGUACUGCUUUUAUCAUUGUCUAUUGUUUAGUAUUUGGUGUUUUUAAGUUACUUGUAUGCUGCCUAGAGAACUCUGGGGUUUGGGUGGUCUAGAGUGUAAGAGUAAAACAUUUUUGGGAAGACACAUGAA